GCUUAGGGCGGGGCAGCUGCGGAUAAAGGCAGGACUCAGGCUUAGCAGCCCCAUUCUCUCCCUUCUCUCCUGGAACUUUCCAAGCAGCCUGGGGAGCCACACAGGCCAGCUGGACGCGGACAUGCGAGAGGUGACCCUAAGCCUGCUCAUCCUCCUGACAGGCCUGCCUGCCCUGGACGCCAACGACCCAGAAGAUAAAAACAGUCCUUUCUACUAUGACUGGCACAGACUCCGGAUCGGUGGACUCAUCUGUGCUGGGGUUCUGUGCACCAUCGGCAUCAUCGUCCUCAUGAGUGAGUGGGGACGCUGGUGGCCGGCUGGCAGGGCAGGGCAGGGCUGUGGGCUCUCUCCCAACCAUCCCCUCUCCCCAACAGGUGGGAAAUGCAAGUGCAAGUUCAGCCAGAAGCCCAGUCACCAUCCAGGGGACGCCCCUCCUCUCAUCACUCCAGCUGACCCGUCAUCUCUCCCAGGCUCUGCCCAUAACUGUUGAGGAUGGAUGGACCAAAAGGACAUGGACGUCCCUUCUCUUCCCCCAAGUCUUGGCUCUGCAUGGGAGCUUGGACUCCAGGAUGGAAGUCUCCCUCCUCUCCCCAGACCGCCUUGCCAGGGUCUCAUCUCACCUCUCACUGGGGGUGGGGGUGGGGUGUCUUUCUGUUCAAUUUUUAACCUAAAAGUUGAUCUUGUCUCCUGCCCAA